CGAGCAGAACCAAAGAAGGCCCAAAAGUCAGGCUAGGGGGCAAGUCGAUGCUUGUCUUUUCGAAGAGAGCGGGGAGAGGAAGUGAAACUGACGCCGACCGCUGGAGAUGAUGUCGUUCUCUUUGUCACCGUUAGUAACUCCAUUUCCGGCAAUUGCUGCGGCCAAGGGCGCCUCAAAUUCAAACGAACAUCCAAAAUUCCUACCCUUAAAUCUCCAAAAUGGGAAAAGCAAAGAUUUGGUUGGCAUUUGUUUGAGGAAAGCAAAAUCCUGUUCCGGGACUAGAAGAAGGUUUUGCUGCAAAUCUCAGCUAGCAGAUUUUGCCGCUGUUACCUCCGCUGCCUAUGGGGUGCUUCUAUUCUCUGGCGGUCUCUUUGCCUUUACUAAAUCAGGAAGCAAGGGAUCACUCUUUGGUGGCCUCACUGGAGCUGCUCUUAUGGCAUCUGCUUACUUUCUUAUGCAAGCAUCAGAGACAAAAGCAAUUGGUGAAGCCCUUGGUUUUGGAUCGGCCUUCCUUUUCUCCUCUGUAUUUGGGAUACGAUUGGUAGCUACACGGAAACUGAUUCCUGCAGGUCCCUUAUUAGGUGUUUCUAUCUGUGCAUUGGUUGUGUUUGCCUCCGCAUAUUUACAAGAUAGUCUUUGAUCGUUGUCUUUUAUAUUUUGCACAACACUGCUGGAAAGUAAUUACCUAUUGUUUAUGUGAAUAAAUUAAGUUACUUUAAUAU